AUGGAGGAUGCUUCUGAUUCUUCACGAGGGGUUGCUCCAUUAAUUAAUAAUGUAGCUCUCCCAGGCUCUCCGCCGUCUCUUCCUGUAUCAGUGACAGGCUGUAAAAGUCAUCGAGUAGCCAAUAAAAAGGUAGAAGCGAGAAGUGAAAAGCUCCUCCCAACAGCUCUUCCUCCUUCUGAGCCGAAAGUCGAUCAGAAACUUCCCAGGAGCUCCGAGAGGCGGGGAGGCGGCGGUGGGACGCGAUCCCCCGCGCGGAGCCAGGCCGUGGCAGCGGGAGCAGCGGCGGGCGGCGCGGCGGGGCCGGCGCGCGGCGACCCCCGGAGGACGGAGCCUCCCCUCCUGCCUCUGUGGCGGAGCGGCGGAGGGGCGGCCGUCGGCGUGCUCGCAGGUGAAGGGCUCCGUGGGGUCGCUGGGCGCCGGCCGGCGCCGGCGGGGAAGUGGAGGCGAGCGGGGGAACAAAGCGGAGCGGCGCCGGGGGCCGCCCGCGGCCGGCUCCCUCGCGGUGUCGGGCGGGCCGGCGGCGCGCCGAGCACGUUGUGAGCCCCGCGGCAGCGGCGGCGGCGGUGGGCAGGGAGCCGGCGCGGGGGGAGGGGGCCGCCGCGCUCCCGCACCGCCCGCUCGCGGCGGGGCGUUCGGCCCCAUUGUGAGCCGGCGGCCGGGCGUGCGGAGGUGGGGCGCGCCGGGAG